GUUUUGCGUCAUUUGGAGGUUUUUUGAAAGCUUGCGAUGUGUUCACGGUCUCUGUGAAGCCCAGCCUUCAGAUGAGAUAGGCUACAGCCAUCUGCCGGAUUACAGAAGAUACGCAGCAACUCAAGCUUCUGCUGUGUGAAUGAGGAAAACACCGCGUCUGCUGUCUGAAAACUGUCACAUGGGGCCGAGGAGGAGGACAAAUCGCUUCCUGAAAUGAUCCUUGUCACUAGCCGUCUAUUGUUAUUUCUUUUAUUUUUUUACCCUCACGUAAAAACAUCACAUCGCGUUUAAUUGCCAACCCGGAUCUCUGUUACGCGCGUCUUUUUGCGGAUGAUGAUCAGCAAAGUUAAAAACGCCAUGUCCACUCUGGUGGGAGGGAUGGUGCCGCACGGACAUCACCACCACCACCACAACCAUCACUCAGGUGGCGGCCAGACCUGCGGACCGGAGAGCCUCCCGCCGCGCUUCCCCUACGGCCGCCCGGAUUUCUUGGACCUCACCCCGGAGCUGCUGCAGUACUCCACCGAGCACGCGUCACGGCCGGUGCUCACCUUAAAGAGGGACAGCAGGCUGCCCUGGAAGACGGGUUACGCAGAGGUGAUCAAUGCGGGGAAGAGCAUGCUGAACGAGGACCAGGCGUCCUGCGAGAAGCUGUUCGUGAAGAAGCCGAGCGGCAAACACAAAAACUCCACCAUGCUGGAGGACAACGGGGAUGGAACUGGAAUCCCUCUCCACUUCUGGGGCGUGUAUGACGGACAUGCGGGCUCCGGAGCCGCCAUCAUGGCCUCUAAGCUUCUUCACCGCCUCAUCAGAGACCGUUUGGGGGAAAUCUCCCACCUGCUGGAGAACCCCAACGCUGCACCUCCAAUCUGUCUGGCCAAAAAUGGCAGCCCAUACCAGGCAGACACAAAGAAGGGGGCAGCACAGGAACCCGAGGACCCGGAUGCUAUUAGUGACUCCACAGUACGCUUUCACAUGGAGAAGGUGGUGAGCCUGGAGAGCCUGGUGAUGGGAGUCAUAGAGACGGCCUUCUCACAGAUGGAUGACCUCAUUGAAAAGGAAAAAUUGUCGUAUGCCAUUUCUGGUGGAUGUUGUGCCUUAGCUGCCAUCAGUAUGAUGGGGAAGCUCUACGUGGCUAAUGCUGGAGACAGCAGGGCAAUAAUCAUAAGAAAUAAUGAAGUAGUUCCCAUGACGAAUGAAUUCACACCUGAGUCAGAGAGGCAGCGGCUACAGUAUCUGGGCUUCCUGAGGCCGGAGCUCCUGGGUAAUGAGUUCACUCACAUUGAGUUUCCUCGUAGGAUCCAGCACAGCGAGUUGGGCAAAAAGAUGCUCUACAGAGACCACACCAUGACAGGCUGGGCUUAUAAGACAAUCGUCGAAGAUGACCUGAAAUUCCCGCUCAUAUACGGCGAGGGUAAGAAGGCACGUGUCAUGGCGACCAUCGGAGUCACCCGGGGGCUGGGAGACCAUGACCUGAAGGUUUACAACUCCAACAUUUACAUCAAGCCGUUCCUCUCCUGCGUGCCUGAGGUGAAGGUUUAUAACCUGGAUGAAAACAAACACGGCCCAGACGACGUCUUGGUGAUGGGCACAGAUGGAUUGUGGGAUGUGACGACAGACAGGGAUGUGGCAGACGCUGUAUCAGCCUACUUGUCAGGCUGUGACCCCGCUGAUCCCAUGAGGUACACACUGGCAGCCCAGGACCUGCUGAUGAGGUCUCGAGGAGUGCUUAAGGAGCGCGGCUGGCGGCUACCCAACGAAAGACUGGGCUCAGGCGAUGACAUCACUGUGUUUGUCGUCCCUUUGGCUGGGUAUGAGUCAGAGACAUGACGAGGUCCUGACACGGCUGACUCUUGAGGGUCCUUCACGUGGUCCCUCCAAGCCCCCUAAAGCCUGAACCGAGGAAGCAGCAGCAGAAGAAAAACACCUUUAUCAAAGAAAAGACUCAAGUCUGAGCAGAGACUCCCAUCAACCCAAGAGACUGAACAAGUCCCAGCCGCUUUACUUCAACCUCGUCAUGUAACAAAGAUUGUCAGUGACAUUAUAAGAGGAGUCACGCUCUUUCUCCUGGACCUGCUGUUUUGUGAAGGUUGCCUGUGAGAAUUACACCUUUCUAGUAUUUACGUUCCCUGUUCAUGUUUAAUGCCAGACCGCUUCUCGCUCCUUCGAAUGGAUUGUUAAUUUUCAUGUAAUGUCCUAAAAUGUGGCUCCCUUUUGUAAGAAAAGUUUAAAAAAUGUAUCUUAAAGGGGAUUGCAGAGGAGAAUGUGAGGAAACCAAAGAGAGGCUGUUAUGGCAUAGGGAUGGGAAUCUUAAAAACAAAUACACACAACAAACCAUAAAAGAGAACUAUAAAAACCCAUAUGAUUCAUGUCUGUACAUUAACAAAGCAUGCAAGAUAUAAAAACAGAGGAAUGGACCUUUUUUACGUUUUUUUGUUUUUUUUCCUGUAGAUCUUUGCCUAAUCGUGCCUGCUCGUGCUGUGAUUGGUUCAAAGGCCAAAACCUCAAAGACAGGAUUUACUUUAGUACAGUUUAUAACAACUGUAAACUGAGAGUAAACAUUUCAACAAGCAGAAACCCCUGGUGUUCAAAAAUGAAGCCAAUGCACAAGAAACAAAACUGCAGUACCUCAAGUGUCCACUGGAGGCUGGAUUCAAAAACAGAGGAAUACCAAUAAGAGCCCCGUAUUGAAAUGCCAAUUUUUUACAGCAGACAAACAUUUUUACAGCCUUGUAAAAAAAAAAAAAAAAAGAAGAAUUGGUCACUAUAUAUGAUUUAUUUAUUAGUACAAUCUGUGCAGGGGAUAUAUUUCUAUGUAAGUAAUUUGUUGUGAUUUUAUUAAGGCUAAAAGAUAUGCAAACAUUUGCAUAAUUGGGGGCAUAGCUAAAUUGACGGACAGGUUGGUGCGUUGCAGCCCAGAGGCUAAAGACCGGCCUCAACAACUACAUAGAGCGAAUAGGGAAAGAUAGCAUUUCCAACAUGGCUACCUCCAUUGUUGGGCUUCAUAUUGCCUCUUUAAGAAAAAACAGUAGAAGACGUCCUCGAGACCAUGAAGAAGCUAAAUCUAAGAAAGUGCAUGGAUGACAUUGUGAAAUGGCUUAAGCUGAUGUAGGAUAAGGCUCAAACACUACUUGAUUAGUUUAAGCAAAAUAUCAUCUGUGGAUUAAUAGGCGGCACACAAACAGCGAACACCCUUAGUCCUGGAUGAAAUAACUUCAAUGUUCUGUGUUGAGAGAGCAACAAUCUGAGGCAACAAAAACUCUUCGAUCACAGCACAAGGGGGCAGGAUUUCACUCGGCUCUUUUUGGGAGAAGAAAAAAAUCUCUUACCCUGAACCGAAACAGAAUCUCGUGAGUCUGUUUUGGUGUAUUAUCUGUCUUUAAUUAUGUUUGAAUGAGGAAAGAAACUGUAGACACUGUUGCUCAUGCUUUCUUUGUAGCCUGUUGAUUUGUGGUAUCUUUCUACUGAAUGUACUUUUUGAUUAUUUGUUUUAUUUCUGUCAUUAUCAAAAUUGAGACGAGAGGGUUUGAGCACAGCCACCACACGUGUGCCAUUACAGGUCGAAUAACCGACGUCUGCCACCGUCUUAUUCUUCUUGUGCUGAACGUGGACAUGGACAAACGAGGCCGACUGAGGUUAAAGUUUGUUUUAAAAAGUUUAAAGCGUCUUGAGAUAACAUUUCUUAUGAAGUUGCACUUUACAAAUAAGCAUUGAUUGAUAUUGAUCCAUUGAUUGGUCGAGAAAACAACUAUGAAAUGACUUGUUAUGACAGGAAAUAGUAGUAAGCUAAUCUUUGAAUGCAUGUCCGCUCAGGGCUGACGUGUUUCAGCCAACAAGUGAAACUGUUGGUUUGCGAAACAACUCGCCCUGGUUCUACUUUAGUGACGUUUUGCACACUUGCAUUUCAUUAACCGAGUGAUAAAUCACACUAAAAAGUUGUA